AUGUCUGAAGAAAAUUCUGUCAAAGAUGAAAAAGAAUCUACAGCACCAGAUUUAUAUCCAAGCUUUAAAGAUACUCUUGAAAAACUCGAAGAUGGUAUUGAAAAUGCCACUACUAAAAUAGAAAAACUUGAGGAUGGUAUCAAUAGCAAAAUUGAAAACCUUGAAAAUGGUAUUGGAGGUAAAAUAGAUAUG